AUGCAUUAUGCUACUAAACAUAGAACAAUAAUUAAUUCCAAAUUAUUAUCAAUAAAUACAAUUGUUUAUUUCAUGUUUAUUGUAAAUUAUCAUAAACACAUUUUCAACUUGUACAUUUUUAUUUUACGUUAUUCUGGAUUUAUUUUCUACUAUGUAUCAGUUUUGUUAAUAUUAAAUAUUUUGUUAUUGAAAUUUGAUAUACAUUGUGUGGCUGUGAAUACAUCAACUGAAGAAAUCAAUGUUCCAAAAUAUGUACGAAUUAAACUCAAAGAAGAAUCUCCCUCAGGAACUGUUGUAAUAAAUAUUGGCGGAUUUUUAAACUCUGUCCCAUUGACUAAUUAUGACACUGUAAAUAAUGCUAAUCAUGAUUUGAAAAACAAAGUUUCCAUUGUACCGUCUAGUUUAACUUUGGUCUCUCAAAUCCCAUCGAUAACUCGUCUGUUCCGAUUAAACAAAGAAACUGAAAGUAUACAUACAAUGAUGGCUAUCGAUAGAGAUACAUUGUGUAGUAAAAAUCAAUUAUGUUGUUCAAGUUCAACGGUUAAAAAUAGUUUACAUGAAUAUUUAGAUACGUCUGGUCGUAUGCCUAUAUCAAAUGGUGGUCAAACAUAUAAAUCAUAUAACAGUAAAACAGCAGAUGUUUGUUUAAUUCAAUUUCGUGUAAUUUUUUCUAUGUAUUAUCAUCGCGAUUUCGUUGGAAACGAUAGGUAUAGUGAAGUUAAAGGAAUAAUUGAGAAAAUGGCAUAUAUUACGGUAGAAGUAGAAUUAUUGGAUAUUAAUGAUAAUUCACCACAGUUUAUUCUUCCUGUUCCUUUGCCAAAGACAACCACACUUUUGUAUAAUCCAAUACCUGUAAUUGAAAUAUCCAUUGAAGAAUCAAUGGAAUUACACUCGUGUAUAAACCUACCAAAAGCAUUCGAUUUGGAUUCAAGUAGUUAUGACGUAACUGAAUAUCAAAUGGAGUCUUUAACUCAAUCAGAUAUCUUACAAAUAAAACACAAACUUCCACAUUCGAAUCUUAUUGAGAUAGAUAAAAAUGAAUUGCCAUUCUCACUAGAACAAAAGUCAUGCACUGAUUCAUUAGUUCAGAAUUAUAUUGGAGUAGACUUGAAUACUCCGUUACAGCAAACAAAUGAAGGAUUUGAACUAAAUGCAAAUAACGAACUGUUGAUACCUUCACUAAAAGUAAUUAAUUAUCUUGAUAGAGAAACAACUGAGUUUUAUUGGAUAAAACUGUUGGCGAUUGAUGGAAUUAAAUAUCUAGAAACUGAUACUUCCAAUUAUCAGAAUGUAAACAGUAAUAAAUCAUCAAAUGGACAUUCCCUUCAAAAGAUUAAACAUACCGGUACCAUUUUGAUCCGUAUUCGUAUUACAGAUAUCAAUGAUAACAUUCCUAUUGUACCGAAAGCACUGAAUCUUGACAUAGCAGAAGAUGCCAAGGUAGGCACGCUAUUGGGCAGAAUCAAUGGGACAGAUCCAGACCUUGGUGAUAAUGGUAGAUUACAUUAUCGCCUCAUGAUAGAUCAGGCACUGGUAUCAAACUUUCCAUUUAUUAUCGACUCACAAACAGGCAUUAUAACAGUGAACAGACCAUUAGAUGCUGAUCGACUACCUCAAUCGAAUAAACACUUACGAUUUAAAGUGAUCACUAGUGAUUUUGGUAAGCCAAUUUCACAUUCCUCUUAUACAGCAGUCGAUGUCCGUAUAAAUGAUGUCAAUGAUGAAACGCCACUGAUUAAAGUUAUUGAUUUAGAGAGCCGCAGUAACCCACCAUAUCCUACAGUGAUGGAAAAUAGACAGCCAGGUCAGUUAGUGGCAUUUGCUACUGCUACCGAUGCAGAUUCUGGUCCGAAUGGUGCAUUGUCAUGUCGUAUAAAUAAUCCCAAGUUUAAACUUGAACAAAUAACUCCAUCGAAGUCUAUUUCAAACACUUAUUUAAUUAAUAACUUCGAUUUUUAUAGCAUUGAAUCACCAGACAGUCAGUCUUCAAAAGAGUCUCUAAACACUUUAGAUUUUAAAAUAGUUACUUCCACAGAACUUGAUCGUGAGCUUAGUACAAUAGAGAUGAUAGAAAUAAUGUGUACAGAUCAACCGUUGAAUAGUGCAACAGCACGUACAGGACAAAUACAAUUCUAUGUAAGAAUACUAGAUGAAAACGAUAACCCACCUACAUUUAAUACACACAAAUUUCAAUUAGAUAUUUUGGAAAAUACACCGCCUGAUGAAAUUUUAUUUACAUUUAAUGCAACAGAUCCUGAUUAUCAGAAUUAUUUAUAUGGUGGAAAUACAUAUCGAAUGAACGAACCCAACUAUCAUUACAUUCAUCAUCAUCAUCAUCAACAUCUGUUGAGCAAUCAACCAACAAACAGGAUUAAAUAUCUGAUUGAUUCACAUGGUCAGCAAUAUUUUCGUAUUGAUCCAGACACUGGUAUAUUGUAUAGUAAAGUAAAAAUUGACAAGAAAACUGCUAUUGAUGAAAUCAAAUUCAAUGUGACUGCAAUGGAUAAUGGCCAUCCACCGAAAAAUGUUACAGCAGAAGUAUUGAUUAAUGUGAUAGAUCAAAAUGAUCAUGCACCACAAUUUGAAAAACAAAUAUUCUAUUAUAAUUUAUCAGAGGAUUUACCAGUCAAUUCUAUUGUAGCUAUAUUAACUGCACUUGAUGAUGAUUUUGGGAAAAAUGCUGAAAUCACAUAUAAAUUGGAUGACUUACAAGGGAACGCGAUAAAAACAUUUCGGCUUGACAGAAAUAAUGGUACUUUAUGGUUGCGUACACCAUUGGAUCGAGAAAAAUUAGAUAGCUAUACUUUUAAGGUAUUGGCCUAUGAUCAUGGAAUACCGAAACAAAGUUCUUCUUGUCAAGUACACAUCAAAGUUUAUGAUGUCAAUGAUAAUGCACCGAAAUUUGUCUAUCCUACUCAUAUUAAUCAUACAGUUUAUGCUUCAGUAUUCACUAAUCCAGGAAUUCCUCUAGUCAAAUUGACAGCGACAGAUUCAGAUGAAGGUGUGAAUUCACAGUUAACCUUUUAUCUUCUCGAUGAGUCAAAAGACAAAGAUAUUUUUACAGUCGAUCCUCAUACUGGAGAACUAAGUUUGCUACCGAUUGUAGACCCAUUCAAUAUCGCAGGUCACUAUCAACUGAAGUUUGAGGUACGUGAUGGUGGUACACCAAGUCUCUCAGGAUACGCAACUAUAAAUAUUAUAUUAGAUCGUAACUCACCCACGUUAUCAUCAUUCAAUAAUGGCAAAUAUCAACAUACAAAUAAUAUAGAGUCGUUGGAUUCAAGAAACACUUAUCGCUCGUCAAUUUUAAAAAAUGACAACGAGAUAAUUCAUGCAGAAAAUAAAGAGUUCAAUGGAAUCCUGUCAAGACAAGACAAUAAAGACUUAUAUAUUUAUGAACCAAAUUAUGCCCAACCUAUCUUGUCCGUUCCACCUCAUUCAAAUCAGAAAUAUCGUAGAAAAGAGAAAGUUUCUACAAUAAUAAAUCAGAAAUCUUCAACGCCAUUCAGUUUAGAAAAAAUUUGGAUAUCUGUUAUAUGUUUUAUAGCUAUUUCAACAUUAAUUGCAUUUGCUUUCCUCGUCGCUGUAACACUGGUUCGUCAAAAAGUAGCUACCUAUGAGCUACAACAAAGUUCAAAUCAUUUAAAUGAAAACUUCAAUCUCUGCCAUACAGAACGAUGUAGUAGCCAGUAUUCUGUAAAUACACAUCGUUUCACUAACAUUGAUAAUACUUAUUCACCGACUAAAUUCCAAACAUUAGAAAAACCGGAUAAUAAAACUGAUGACAACAGCUGCAGUAAUCAUGAUCCCACUCUUUAUUCUUCUUUUGCCAAGCAUGAUGCAAAUUUUAAUUCAACAACAGGAUCACUACAUCAAUUAGGAUUUUCUACUAAAGAAAUGAACCCAAUUAAUAUGGAUAUACAGCAAUCGAAACCUGUUUACAAUUACAAUAUGCCAAUAACUGUUAAUUCAUUACAAUUUCCAAGAAAAUUUCAAGCAGUUCACAAUAAUAAAACUGAAAAUCUUCCUUCAGAUAAAUGGAUCUCUUUAAUGAAUGUUCAACAUUCAGCACCAGCAAGUCCAACUGAUUACUUCAAUCAAAGGUAUAAAACAAUUGACCAAUAUCAAAUGAAUAGACAUAUGCCAAAUCAAAAAUAUGAAGUUCUUCAACCACAUCAAUGUUCAGUUGAUCAAUAUAAUAACAAGAUAUCCGUCAAUCAAAAUCCAGCAAAUGGUCUAAUGAAAUUGAAUAACAUGGAAUUAUCGAAGAAUCCAAACGUGACAAAAAAUGUCUGUCUAAAUGAUAAAUCAUUGUUAUAUAUCACACCGAAAGGUAUACUAAGAGGAUGUAUCACAGAGUUAAAUGAAAAUUCCCACCCGAAUACUAAUGAUAAUAAUGAUAAUAUCGAUUGCGAUGAUGUUGAUGUUGAAAAGAAUGCCAAUGAUAUCAUCGGUCAUUCAUUAUAUUGUUAUCAACCAGAUAAACAACAACAACAAACUAUUCAAACAAAUGAAUAUAUCAAUAAACUAAAUGGUAUUGAUAACAAUGAACGCCUAACAGUAAAAGUAAAUAAAUCUCUAUCAGAUCCAAUGAAUCAAUCAAAUCAGUUAUCAGAAAUGCUUUCGAAUCAAAAAGAUGCAAACAAUCAACAAUUAGCAUUGAUUAACAAAUCUCAAAUUGAAAAAAAUUUCUUCACUAUCAAUACUAAAUGCUCAUCAUCUAAUCCAGCUGUAACUUCAACCGCUUCACAUGUUUCCACUUUUAUUUAAGAUUUAGUAUUAUUCUUUGAUUAUGAUUUGUUAUCUGUGAAUAUAGUUGAAAACGACACAUAAAUAUUCACAAGAAUUGCAUCUCAAAUGUAACGCUUUAAACAUAUACAUAUAUAUAUUGUUUCUGUUUAUUUAAAAAGCGGUUAUUUUGGACAACGCGAGUAGCAUUGUAAAAUAGUUAUUCAUACGGAGUUGGUAAAUCAAAUUCCAAUACAUUUCAUUGUAUUUUUAAAUUUUCUUUAAAAAUGUAUCAAAUAACAAUCCAUUGUAUUGUAGUGAAUACUGUUAAACAUUGAAUUUCUGUUUGUUUUUAAAUGAUUGUAC